ACUAAAAUUAUGUUUCGACAUCUGGUGAUAUCUUUGUGCAGAAAAUGUGACAGAGGUGAAAACAUCAGAACCUGUUGACAAAUUUUACCUGGAUACUUUUCUUGCUGCGCCCACACCACCAGAUCAGAAUCGCAUUGCGAAAUCAUUUUCUUCUUUACCUGAAUUUAGAGGAGGUAAGGACUCAAUGCAACUGCAGGAGGUUCUUCCAGCCAAUCGUUCAUCUCUCACUACUUGCAAGGAAAAUCAUGAUAAUAAAUUGAAACAUUUGAGUGGUCUAAUUCAUAAUGAGAAAAGAUUGCUUAUUUCUGAGGGGAAAAGUAUAAAACAUGCAAAUCAGGAGAUAAUUGAUUUAACCAGCAAACCUUUAUUUGACAAAAUACCAAGCAGAGAGAACCUGUUGGUACCAUAUUCUGCAAAGAAGCGUAGAGUACUUGACUCAAAGCAUGAUUUGAUGGGGCGGUUUGCAAAUACUCAAGAGCAAACUUCUAGUUCCAAGAGUUCGCAUUCAAAUAGUACGCAUUUUCCUUCUAGUGCGGUGAUCAAAACAGAGCCCCCAAACACAUCAGAUAAUAAAAGCAGACAAAAUGCUCAAGUUGUUUCAGUACAGCCCUCUAAAGAUCAUGGUUUUGCACAGAAGGUUGGUUCUGGGUUUUGUAAUGAGGAAAACAAAGGUGUUCAAACCACUUUGGUGCAGUGCAGUGAUGAGGAAAAGAGAGGGUCUGCAUUCUUGAUUCAGGUCAAAGAGAAACUUACAACAUCGGAAUAUAAAGAUUUUGUGGGGUUUAUGAAGGCACUGAAGUCUAAAGCAAUGCAGAUAGGCAAUGUUCUAGAAUCUAUUGUGAAAUUGUUCUCUGGACCAGAUAGAUUUCCUCUUCUUAAAAGGUUCAAAGAUUAUAUUCCUGCAAAGUAUCAUUCUUUAUAUGAUCACUAUCUUGAAGGAACUAAUGGAACACUUGAAAACCAAACAUAAGUAAAUGGAGGAACUGUACAAUGUCAUCACCUAAAAACUGCCCAUCUAAAACAAGAUUCCCUUUUCUUGUUGCGGUAUAACCUUAAAUCUCAAGCUAGAAGACUUUUAGCAUGCAUGUAAUACUCCAUGGAUCAGGAAACUUUGCAUAUAUAUUGAUCGUGCUGAGCUGGUAAGAAACGUGCCUUUUUAAUCUUUAAAAAUGAACAGAUCUAUAUUGUGAGAGUGCAAAGUACAACACUUAUUAAUUGUAAUUUUGACAGUUAAAUUAUAUUUGAAGACGGCCUAAUCUUUACUUGAUGGUUUUAUUUAAUGGAUCACAUUGGCUGUUUGUAAAUAGUUUUGAAGAGCCAUGAGAAAUAAAGGUGCAAUUGUGUUCAA